AUGCGACAGAGCAACAGAUGCCUACCUAUCGCGCAUCGUAACGGGUAUGCAACACGCACUGCAGAGGAGUCAACACCCAACGGAUCAUUUGGAAGGGCAAAGCGAAGCAAGCCUGUGGAGGAUGGUCGGACGUCUUCCAGCCAGUCAACCAUCAACCUGGUCAAUUGCAUCCUUGGAGCGGGUGUGCUGGGCUACCCUUUUUGCUUCCGUUCUUGCGGUUUGCUCCUGGGCACGGUCAUCAUGCUCGUGUCAAUCCUCGCGUCGCGGUUCUCCUAUAAUCUCAUGCUCUACUGUAGCCAGAUCAGCAAUAAACGUACUUAUGAGGACCUUGCAGAGCAAGCCGUUGGAAAGAUUGGCAGGCAGAUAGUCCAGCUGUGCACAGCUGCCCUGAAUUUGGGCUGCAUCGUGGCAUACCUGAACAUCCUCGCGGACGUGCUCUCCGCCGUGGCGGGUACCAUUAUCCCCCCUGGAGCUGAACCUUCUCGUAACACGUAUAUUACAGGCGUGAGCAUCUUUGGUGCUCUGCCGGUGGCGCUGUGGGUUCGGGACCACGCCACCAUCGUGACCUUCAUGAUGGCGAGUGUGGGCUUCGUCGUCCUCUUCGCCGUUGUCGUCGUCAUAUUUGCAUUGGCACCGCACCCCGCCACGGCUGUCGUGGCCAACUCUGUGGCUAUGUGGCAGCCUGAGGGCCUGCUGGUGGCGUUCCCGGUCAUCGUUUACAGCUUCACUGCGCACCCCUACUACCUUGGCAUCUUCAACAACCUGCAUGGGGCUACGUUCACACGCAUGACCCGGGUUACCGAUGUGGCAAUGGGGCUCUCCGGGGCGCUGUACUGGAUCGUGGGCGUAUUCGGCUACCUUACCUUCCGCAACCGAACCGCCGGUGACCUGCUGCGUAACUUUGGCGCCGCAAACGUGGACGGCCUUCGCGGCGCCUACGAGCGGGCAAUUAAGCUGUGCUAUGGGCUAAGCAUUCUGGGCUCUGUGCCGCUGGUGAUCCUGCCCUUCUACAACGUGAUGCUGCCGCUGCUGGGCUUCAAGGGCCCGUCUGAUGGGCUGGGCCUGGGGGCCAUACGUGGCGGUGGAGGUGGCGGUCUUAAGCGUAACAACAGCAGCGACGCUCAUAUUGACACCGAAGUCGCCCCGACGGAUUACACCGCCUCCGCCACCGGCCCAACCUCCCCGCGUGGAGGGGGCGGCGGCCCGUACGGCAGCCGCAAUCGUUCCCACGUCUCCCACACCUCCCGCGCGGGGCGAGCUGGCAGUCAGCAAGUGGAUGUGGUGGACUUGAAGCUGCAUGCGGAUCGAGAAGGGGAGAGCGGAGAAGGGGAGGAGCUGGGUUUCGCACAACACGUGUUUGUGGUGCUAAUUGUGCUUGGCACUUCCCUGGCCGUGGCCAUCUGGGUGCCGAACAUCGAGUUCAUCUUCGGUCUUACUGGUGCCACCGCAUCCGUACUGUUGUCGUACAUCCUGCCGUCCAUCAUUUUUGUCCGCCUCAUGGAUCUCAAUCCAGAGCUGCUAGGGGGCGGGAACUUCAAGGUCAUUCCCGAUGCGAUACGCUCCCAGUGGGUGUGGCGGAAGCGGAAGGCGAUUGUACUGCUGUGUUUCGGAGUGGUCAGUGGCAUCACGUGUACGGAUGCGAUCCUGGGUGCCGUGAAGCAGGAAGCUGCGGUGGUGUACCUUGCCCAGCAGCUCGUGGCCCACGAGGUGGUGGUGGCGGAAACCGCCAAGGUGCAGCAGAACGCACGAGCCGCCGUGACGGCCGUGACCGUGGUCGAGCAAGCGGCCAAGGACCUGGGCCAGGCGAACGUCAAUGCCACCGGCACGUUUACGAAGCUACAGCAGGCGGCCGCGCAGCUGGACGUGAUUGCGGGGACGGCGACGGCGUCAGGAGAGGGAGGGGCCGCGGGAGGGGGUGGAGGAGGAGGAGGAGGUGGCAAGGGGUCCGGGGAGUGGGGACUGCAGACGCUGGUCAAGGAGCACAAACAACACGUCGCGGAGACCAAGGUCUUCAAAGCCGUAGAGGGAACCCUAGCAGAUGUCAAAGAUGAGCUGCUGCGCACCGUCGCCGGUGUCACCGGUGUUGUCGCACAACUCGACGCUGCCAUCGUACAACUCAGCAGCGGCACCGCAGGCGCCGCCGGUGACAUGGUGGCCGCAGGCGGCGGCGGCGUUGGCGCGUCCACGGCUUCUACAUCUUCUUCGAGCUCCGGAUCGAGCUCGGGUUCUUCAAGUUCCGGUUCCGUAACGCGGGAUCGUGCGACAGACCUGGCUCAGGAGCUGGGGACGGCGCUGGGGGCGUUCAGGGCCGUGGCUGGCAACGCGACGGUGGCAGGCAAGUCCCUGACCCAGGUUCGAUCCACUGCGCUGUCUACUUUGGCGGCCCUGAACCAGACCAUAGCCGUACUGGACAACGUGGCAUCGGCGGUAUCAGCGGCCAAGAAGAGUAACAAACACGACGACGACAUCAAGAAGGCAGCGGCGAUGGCGAUGCGUCUUGCCCUGAACGCCACCGCCACCAGCGCCCUAGCCAUGCAGCUCACGGAGGAGGCGCUGCAGCGGUCCGCCACGGAGGAGGCCAGCGAGCUGCUGGGGAUGCUGGUGCAGGACGAGGUGGCGCGGGCGCGGGUCCAGGUAUCACGUGACCUGGAGAAAACCUCCGCCAUGUCCAAAGCCGCUAAGAUCAAGCGAGCGGAGGGGGAUUCCACGGCCAUAACCACAGCUACCCCACCGGCCGCCACCGCCGCCGCCACCGCCUCAGCGACUGACGCUACGACCAUCGCCGCUGGGCUCGGCUCCAAGGGUGCCGCCGCCGUGGGUAAUUCUGCCGCCGCCUCCGGAUCUGGUGGUGCCGAUGCCGCAGACGCUGCCGGCUCGGUGGCUGCAGCCGCAGACGUUAGCGCCAGCGGCAGUGGUGGGGUGGCGGAUGGAAACGGCGGUGGCGAUGAAGGGUCGUUGGCGGUCGUACACAGGCCGGGCAGACGCAACGUGACGCGAGGCGAUGGAGAGGCGCCUGCCGGCACCUCCUCCGGGACCGGCUCCGAAACCGACUGGGCGGCGAAGGCCGCAGGCCAGUUGGAACAGGUUAUUAAGGAUCUGAACGACAAGAUCGCGGCGACCGCGACCACCACCACUACCACCGACGCCGCCGCAACCAGCGCGCAGGCCGCGGCUGCAGCCGCGAAGGCUGCGGCAGCUGCCACUGCCGUAGCCGCCACGGCGACGGCGGAUGGGAAGGGCGGUACGGCAGGAAGUACUGCUGACGGCGCCCUGGUGGACCUUGGCGACAGCAGCGACGCAACCGACGCCACCGGCGUCGUGGUGCCGACGACGACUAACGUCAGCGCCACCGGCUUGGGUGCCUCCGGUGCGCUGCUGAAUGUCUCCGGCAUCGCGGCUGUGUUGCAGGAUGCUGUGGAGGUGAGCAAGGUUCAGCAGGAAGAGGCGUUGCAGGUGAUUCAACACAGCCUUACAAGCACCGACGCCAAGGUGGCUGAACGCGUGGUGGACAUUGUCAAGGACCUGACCGAGACACAGGCCCAGGCGCAGAUCCAGAAAGGGGAGGCGGCGGCGGCCGCUGCCAACGCCGCCGGCAUGGGGCAUGCAGGCGUCAGGGCCGCCAGCCCGUCCCUGGAGUCUUCCGCAGUGGUGGAACCCGUGCUGACGGGCGGAGGAGGAGAAUCGGCGGCCGCUGCGGUCGUCGCUGCUGCUGCCGCUGCAACCGCUGGCAGCAGCAGCGGCGGCGGCGGCGGCGGCCUUGAGGACGCGUUUUUGGGCCUGGUGCACAAGAUCACCGACUCUGGGUCAUCGGAUGAGGCUGAGGACUCGAGCCGGGUGGAGGGCCCGGUAGUCAAGGUGGACGCAGACGGCAAGCUGAUUCAGGAGGACGACGGCAGUGAUGACGGCGUGGUUGGACCCACCGUCAAGGUCAAAGAUAUCGAGUCGUCCUCCUCCUCCUCCUCCUCCUCCCUUUCCUCGGUCGCGAAUUCUCGGGAGUUGUGGAAAACUGACACUAGCAUUACCGCUCCCUCCGCUUCCAAUACAAGCUCUGAGCCACGGCCAGACACUAAGGGGGUAUUAAGCUAUCAACAGGGGUUCCCACGGACGGGGCAGUUCGUUGUCCUCAUCUUUCAGCACGUGCGAGCAUUGUUGGUAUGUGAUGUUGAGCGUGGACAGUUCUGGAUUACUUACCUAGGCAGCAAGGUGAUCACCACCAGUUGCUUCUGCAACAGCACCACCUUCUGA